AGAGCGACCUGCAGCCCACCAUCACAGUGAUCCUAGAGAAGCUUGUUGGUAUCACCUUUCACCCAUCUACGCUAGCGCUGCGUAGGGGUUAUCAAUGUGCCACACGCACCUUUUCUCAAUUCACAUCGUCCCCACACCUAGCCUCGCUCGCAACCUACAAAACUUAACGAACUGACACCCCAGGCUCUGGGUACAUGGACUACGUCGUCCAAUUCUUCUCACUCCUUCUGAAAACCAUACUCUAAAUUUUGAGGACCCAUAAACCCAAAAUCUAGACGCAAUGGCCUCUUCUGGCAUUGAUUAUUUGCCCAAUGGCAAGCAUCAAAGCGUCUUAGAUGAUGAAGAGAAAAACUACGAUCCUAAUCGCCGCAUCAGCAAUGUAGGAUCAGUGAGAUUGGCGAACGACUUUACUCACCGAAAGCUUAAGAGUCGACACAUUCAGCUUAUCGGUAUUGGAGGAACAAUCGGCACAGCUCUCUAUGUCCAGAUUGGUCGAGGAUUGAUGAAUGGAGGGCCUGGCUCGCUAUUUCUAGCCUUCACGUUGUGGUGUACCGUCAUCUUAGCCAUAACCGUCAGUGUUGCUGAGAUGGUCACCUACCUCCCGAUAUCUUCCCCAUUUAUUCGAUUCGCCGGCCGCUAUGUGGAUGAUGCAUUUGGGGUCGCAGCGGGAUGGAAUUUCUUCGUGUUUGAGGCUGCGCUUGUGCCCUUCGAAAUCGUGGCCUGCAACGUCAUCAUCAAUUUCUGGAGCUCUGCCGUGCCUACGGGCGCUAUCAUUGCCAUUGUGAUUUUGCUUUACGGACUCAUCAACAUGAUGGCCGUCAAGUGGUACGGCGAAACUGAGUUCUGGGCAGCUGUUGGUAAAGUGCUUCUCAUCGUCGGUCUCCUGAUCUUCACCUUUGUCAGCAUGUUGGGUGGUAACCCUGAGAAAGAUCGCUACGGUUUCAGGUACUGGAAGAACCCGGGAGCUUUCGCCGAACUAUACUAUACAGAUGAUCUAGGUCGGUUUUUGGGCUUCUUGCAAUGCCUCAUCCAAGCGUCCUUCACGAUCGCAGGCCCAGAUUACGUUUCUAUGGCUGCAGGAGAGACGGAGAACCCCCGCAGAGUCAUGCCGCGUGCCUACAACGCUGUGUUCUACAGGUUGACUGCCUUUUUUGUUCUGGGAUCCUUGGCAGUUGGCAUCAACGUGCCCUACAACGACCCAGAUCUAAGAGCUGCCUUCCGGGAUGGAAAGCCUGGUGCUGCCGCAUCGCCGUAUGUCAUCGCCAUGAACAGACUUCGCAUCGAAGGAUUGCCGCAUAUUGUCAAUGCCGGUGUCCUGGCCUCGGCGUUCUCGGCCGGUAACUCCUACGUCUAUUGUGCGUCCCGUUCCCUCUUUGGUCUGGCUCUCGAGGGCAAGGCCCCUAAGUUCUUUACCAAGUGCACGAAGCAAGGUGUGCCUUUCUACUGCGUCGGCGCUGUGCUACUCGUUGCUCUUCUGUCUUUCCUCCAGUUAGGCGAGAACUCGGCUGUCGUACUCAACUGGCUUGUCAGCUUGGUAACUGCAUCUCAGCUCAUCAACUUCAGCGUCAUGUGCUUCACGUUCUUGCGCUUCUACAAAGCGUGUCAAGUACAGGGCAUUGACAGGGAUACGCUGCCAUACAAGGGUAUACUGCAACCAUAUGCUGCGUACUAUGGGCUUACCUGCACGUUCAUCAUGACGUUUGUUGGUGGAUAUACAGUGUUCCUGGACGGACAAUGGGAUGUCCCAUCUUUCCUGUUCUCUUACAUGAUGGUGUUCCUCUUCCCGGUAAUCUUCGUGGGUUGGAAGCUCAUCAAGAGAACCAAAUGGGUGAAGACCCAGGAAAUGGACCUCGUCACCGAUCUUGCAGAGAUUGACGAGUACACUCGCACCUUUGUGGAGAAACCUGAGACCAACAUGUUCAACAGAAUUUUGGACAAGCUGUUCGGCUGAGUCUAUGUGGAUGUAUGUUUCAUGCAUGAUGUACUGUUCGUUUAUGUGUUUCAGGCAGAAUUGCUGAUUGGAUACGCACUGGAUGGCUAUUUUACAAUUUGCUAGGAUUGUUGGACGAAGAUAGAAAGAAAUUCUCGAUAUUUUGGGAUAUGAAUAUAAACGAUGACACUGA